UAACAUUACCUUAAGGUGCGUAUCGACUUCGCGCUCCGAGAGUUCGAACAUUGGCGCGCGCUCCAGCCGCGCGAAAUGGAUACCAGUUUGGAACGCGCGCCAAGGUGUUCGUUGGAGCGCCCGAACGCGGAGCGGUCCGUUCCGUCGGGUGUCGGUUUUUUACCACGUAUCAGUCGUGGCGCGCGAGCCAAUUGAGACGGGUCGUCGUAUUUUUUGUGUUUGUUGCGCUCCGAAUAAUAAUUAUGGAUAACCAAAGUUGCCGUAAGUUAAUUCAGCUAUAUGGUAUGAAAGAACUUUUGUGGAACAACAAAAGUUCUUCGUAUCAUAAUAAAUCGCUUAGAGAAGAUGCUUGGAGAGAAAUCAGUAGUGAAAUGGGAGUCCCUGUGCCGGAGUUAAAGAAAAAAAUGACUGUGCUCCUAUCAUCGUACAGAAGAGAAAAAUGGAGAAUAUCUAAAAGCCAAAUCACUGGUUCUGGUCGGGACAGUAUUUACGUAUCAAAAUGGUUUGGUUUUGAUGAUUUCAAUUUCAUGCAAGACAAGUGUUCACCAAAUUAUACAACAGAUACUAUGCAAGACGAUGGGAAUAAAGAUGAUGCAACAAUCGCUACGCAGGAAUCUACACCACAAAAUAAAGUGUGUAAUACACAAGAACAAUUUAAUGAUAUUAUUCAAAAAGCACCGGAAAAAACUGCCAAGAAGACCUCAAAAAAAAAAAGGAAACAAGAAGAAGAGGACGAUAAAAUGUUGACAGAAGCGUUCAAAAUUUUAACCGAACCGUCGCAAGCUACUGAUCCAUAUUUCAGUUAUGGCCAGCACAUAGCAAAUGAAUUAAGAAAAUAUGACAGCCAUACUUUAAUAUAUGUCAAACAGGCAAUAAACAAUAUAAUUUUUGAAGCCGAUUUAGGCAAAUACAGUCCACUUUAUGGGUAUACAACACAAGAGCCUCAAAAUCUCUCAAGUUUAAAUACUGAUUCUUUGGCCAGUACGUCAACUCAAGCUAACGAGAAGUAAUUUAAUUUAAAAAAGUUAAAUAAAUAUAAUACUAAUUAA